AGACACACAACGCAGCCGCGCUUAGCCAAUGUCAGGCUGCACAGGGAGCAGCAGCAGCACCGGGAGGAAGAGGAGGAGGAGGGCGCCUUGUACGCACGGCAUGUAAACAAUACAUGUAAGUUAGCAAAUAAUGCUGAGUGGGAGCCGCAGCCCGAGGUGCUGAAGUGGAUCGGGAGCUCCCCAGCCUGGACUUCUCCCCACACCCGUCUUCCAGCGGGAGGGAGGGCCGGAGCCAGGCCCCGAGGGCGCGUGGGGAGCGCGGCGGCGGCUGCAGGGAGCGAGCGAGCGAGCAUGGCUUUCCAGCAGCUGGCGGACGUGGCGGAGAAGUGGUGCUCCAACACCCCCUUCGAGCUCAUCGCCACCGAGGAGACGGAGCGGAGGAUGGAUUUCUACGCCGACCCCGGCGUCUCCUUCUACGUGCUGUGUCCGGACAGCGGCUGCGGGGACAAUUUCCAUGUGUGGAGUGAAAGUGAGGACUGCUUACCUUUCCUGCAGUUGGCACAGGACUACAUCUCUUCCUGUGGUAAAAAGACACUCCAUGAAAUACUGGAAAAAGUCUUCAAAUCUUUCAGGCCUUUACUGGGGCUUCCAGAUGUCGAUGAUGAUGCAUUUGAAGAAUAUAACGCAGACGUGGAAGAGGAGGAACCAGAAGCCGAUCACCAACAAAUGGGUGUCAGCCAGCAGUAAUUAUCUGAGGAAUUAAAAGAUCUUAAUCCCUUGGUACCAGGUGGGGUCAUGUGCUCCUGCAUUAGCAUUUUUGAAUUAGCGCAUCACAUGGGAAAUAUGGCUCCCAGAAUCAAAGUUUAAAAAAAAAAAAAUACAUAAAUAUCUCUGUGAUGAGCUUUGCUAAGAAGUGACCUGAAUUUCACUCCUGUUUCAGUGGGGUUUCUAUGGAGUUGUCUUGGUAGCAUUCUGCCAUCAUUAAUUUAGAACUAGUUUUGUCGCUGACUGUCUCUUUGACUUGUGUUUUGAGAAUAACAUUCACUGACAUGAAUGUAGAGUACUUUGAAUGUAGUAACUGUUGAAUAGUGUGUGAAGUACUCACAUAUGACCUUACGGAGGAAAACGAAUGCAGAAAAUAAAUGCAAUCUGCACUUUUAGUUUUAAUUCAACAAUUUUUUUAUUUUUAUUUUUUUGCUAUACUACCAGUCAGAGUAUCAAACUGUGAGAGAUUAUGCCUGUAAAGCACUAGUUUCAUAGUGGUUAAUAUUGCAGAAGUGCACAUAAAGAUUGAACAAAAAUAAUUACUUAGGAGGGACAAAAUUUAGGCAAAUGCUUGUGCAGCACAUUUUAGUGUUUCUUAACACCACCUGAAUGUACAGGUGCUGGGUUAAUCACUGGGCAUAUUUAGGACAUUUGUGUGAUCAGUGCACAUGAUGAUACACAUUGGUACUUUGAUGCCAUCUGUUUCAAAGCCAAAUACUGUUUUAAUAGAAAUUAAAUGAAUUUAAAAUUUCCAUUGCGUAUUCUCCUCCUGCACGAAAAUCAACCUUCAGCUUCGCUGGCUUUAAUAAAACAACAAUUUCAUUCAAAUCUUGCAGCAUCCUGAAUUAAAGUGCAACUUAACUUUGAAGCCCUAAUCGUAUAAACCAGCACCUGGCUCUUCAAGUUAUAAUGGAAUCCGCUUCUUCACACUGGGCCUUGUUCUUCAGUGUCUUGUACCUUGUGUAGUUAUUCAUACUUGUCAAAGUGGGCGUAAAAUGCUACCAACCAGAAUGGUAGGGCCUGAUUCUCAUUCUCACUAAGGCCCCUUUACAUUGUUCUCGCUGUGUAAAAAGGUCUUGAAGGGAGCACAGAUGUAAUUUAUGCCCACUUUAAGGUCCCUUUACAUUGCCUAGGGUGGGUCCUCAGCUGGUGUCAAUUGCCUGUGGAAUGAUGACAGUUUCCAUCAGCUGAUGACCUGUCCCCCAGAGUGGUGGAAGGGGGUUUUAGAGUAAAUUAAAGUAAGACCCAUAAUAUUUUACACCUCAUUUGCCCAGGUGUAAGUGACUCUCAAGUGAGUGUCAGAUGGUGAAACAACAGGACCUCUUUAUUUACUCACCUUUUAUUCUGAAAAUGUAAGAAAAGAAGGGAUUCCAUUCUCGUACAGCAAUUUUCCACUAUCUAGGAAAGUAUUUCUAAAUGACUGUUUGGUUUUUAGGCAACUUUUUAAAAAACACAAAAUGUAGGUCACAAACGUCAAAGCCCUUUAAUACAGCGUUAGCUUUAUAAAAAUUAACACUUAGUGAAGAAAAAAUGCUUGGACAACUCUCAGAAACAACUGACACUCUUUUAAAAACCCUGUUAUUAGCAGUAUCUCCUAUUGGAUAUGUAUGUAUUGGAAAUUGUUUUAAAGGCUAGUUAAAGAGUUAAUUUUCUUGGUGAUUUGUGUGUCUGAUGAAGGCUUAGGGGAUGCAUAACACUUAAUUUUCUAACAGAGGCAAAACUUUCUGUAACCAGGAUGGAAAAUGGUAUUUGAAUAUGCACAGAUGUGUCUGCAACACUGUAAAAGUCUGAGUUUAAGAAUAUCACAAAAUAGACAAGAAACCGAGCUUAAUGAAACUUUGUACAUUCUCUUGGCAUGCAGGCAUAAAUAUGAUAGUUGCAACACAUUUUCUAUGGACUAGUGGUGUGAGAACUGUGGCAGUUCAUUGUAUAACACUGUACAGCAGUAAUAGGCUUUUUGCUUACCAAAAUAAAGUGUAAUACCAGUGGUUUCCA